AUGAUGUAAGAUGAUGUAACUACUUUAAACUUUAUGAAAAAAUCUAAUCAUUUUAUAGUGAUGAUAAAUCAAUUAUAAUAUGGACAAUUAAUCAAAGCAAUUAAUGGAUUUGCAAAUAAAAAUUAAAUGAACAUAAUGGUUAUAUACGGUGCUUAGAAUUGAGUAAUAAUGAAGAUUUAAUUAUUUCAGGUAGUUGCGAUAAAACUAUUAAAUUUUGGACGAAGUAAAAUCAAUGGUUACAAAAAUAAACUAUCACAAAUCAUACUGAUAUUGUAUAUGGAUUAAGUUUAAACUAAAAAUAGAAUAUAUUGAUUUCAUGUGGAUUGGAUGCACAAAUAUUAAUAAUAGAACAAUCAUAAAAGGAUUCUAAAUGGAUUGUAAUCUAAACGAUAUAGGUUGAAAAAUCUGGUUAACGAAUAUGCUUUAUAAAUGAUGAUGUAUUCUCUUUUUAACCACAGAAAAAAUGCAUGUUUAUGAAAUGAAUAAGUCAAAUAAAUAGUAUUUAAAGGCAAAAGAUGUUCUUGUUAAAGUGGAAGUGAUGAUUGUUAUUUCUUUCCUUAAGAACAUAUUAAAUCGAAAUUUCUGCUUGUAAAUAAGAAUUAUAAAUAUGUGAAUUUAAUAAGGAAAAACGAAAAUGGUGAAUUUAAAACUGAAUAAUCUAUUGAAUUUGGAAAUUAAAGUUUAUAUGGAUGUAUGAGUGAUGAUGGGUAGUAUUUAAUAACUUGGGAUUAUAGUUCAAAAGAAAUUUAGAUUAGAAAAUAUAAUGAAAUAUAAAAUAACAUAAAAAUAUUAAUAUAAUAAUGUAAAAUGAUGGAUUCCUUCUUUAGUGCACACAAUAACAAUUUGUAAGAUAUGUUACAAUAUUGA